AUGAACGGCAAUAAUUUUAUCCCCGGUAGCAUGGAUCAAACUCCACUACUUUUCAACCAAAACAUACAGUUGGACCAGCCUGUUGGUCAGGUUAGCGGAACGACCGGGCCCAAUGGAGCCAAUGGAGGCAGUGGAGGCAGUGGAGGCAGUGGUAAUGGAGUCAACGGAACCAAUGGUGGCAGUGGUAAUGGUGCCAAUGGGGCCAAUGGAGCCAAUGGAGCUAAUGGAACUAAUGGAGCUAAUGGAGCCAACGAUGAAGUCAACGGCAACGGUAUCGCAGUCCAAGAUCGCCAUCAGUUCAUCAACAUCAUAGUUGCCUCGAUAGCCAAAAUCCAGGGCACCAACUUUAGCGAACAAAAGACCAGACCGGUGGCACAGGAAUACGAGAAAUUUGCGUACACGCAUUCUGCCAAUAAGGCACAGUAUGUGAAUUUUGUGAAGACCAAGAUUGCCAGCAUCACUCAGGCUCGCAAGAAUGCACUUCAGAGGCAGCAGUAUGGCAUGGUUCAGGGUCAGGGUCAGGGACAGGUGCCGGGCCGGGGCUCGGGCCAGGCGACAGGCCAGGUGACAGGCCAAGUGACAGGCCAAGUGACAGAGCAGGGUCAGGGUCAGGGUCAGAUACCAGGUCAGAUACCAGGUCAGAUACCGGAUCAGAUACCAGGUCAGGGUCAAGCAUUCAGACAGACGGCCCAGAGACUGAAAAUCGAGAUGCAAAACAUGCCAAUUCCAGCUCCUUUGGUUCAGCGUCUUCCACAGGUUUUCCCCAAGAAUAUCAGCACAUGGGGCCAAAUCAUGCCUUAUUUCCGUCACAGGAAUCUUACCACGAAGGACUUGUCCACUAUCAAAGAAGUCUAUGCUUUGCAUUUACAGCUGAUUAAGUCUAAGCAAAGACAGGUGCUGCAAACACAAGAUCAACAGGGCCCUCAGGUACCAGGCCAGCAAAACCAUCAAAGUCAGCAGGUGCAACAGAGUCAGCAAAGCCAGCAGAUGCAGCAAAUGCAGCAGCCACAGCAACCACAGCCACCUCAAGCACAACAGACAAAUCCUCCUAGUCCCCAACAUAUUUUGAUGAUGAUGCAACAGCAACAACAACAACCCGUCCAGAUGGCUCCACAGGGACAGCCUAAUACACAACAUGCCGGAAUGCGGCCUCAAAUCACAAAUCAGCAGCUUCAGGCCUACAAGCAACAAGCCUUUCAGGUGAUAAAGAACCUUCAAGCUGCAGGCAAGUUACCAUCUAAUUUGUCUCGUGAGCAAGAGUCUUUAUACGCUAGAAAGUACUUGUUUCACGUUCUAAGUGCUAAACAGCGUGCUCAGAAUGCACAUGCACAGGCACCUAUGGCACAGAAUCAAUCAGGUCCUCAGGGUCCUCAGGUUCCUCAGGCUUCCCAGGUUCCCCAGGUGUUGCAAGGUUCUCCACAAGCACAACAGGGUGUUCCAGGGGUUCCAGGUGUCCCGGGUGUUCCGGGUGCCCAGGAUCAACCAGGAGCUUCACAACGUUUGGCUCAAUUCCGUCAACAGCAACAGCAACGAAAGCGUCGCCAGCAGCAGCAGGAUGCAUUACAGCAGCAGCAGCAACAGCAACAGCAGCAACAGCAACAGCAACAGCAACAGCAACAGCAACAGCAACAGCAACAGCAACAGCAACAGCAACAGCAACAGCAACAGCAACAACAACAACAACAGCAACAACAACAACAUCUGCAACAAUUACAACAGCCACCACAGCCACCCCAACAACUGCAACAGCCUGCGCAACCUCCCCAGCCACAACAACUUCCUACUAAUCAGAAUCAGCGUUUUGCCCAAAACCGCAUACCCUAUGGACAAGCUACAGUUGGCCAACCCGUUCAGGCAAAAAAUAUCCUUACUCCACGGCUUUUCAACGGAGUUCAUGCCACGGAGGAAGACUGGAGACAUCUUAAAGCUAUAUAUCAAGAGACGAUAGCUGCUCCAAUCAACUUAAAGGAUGUCACAGGAUCUUUGGUAGAUUCUGAGAAGCAGCAGAUCAUUCGGUUAAUGCGACAACUUCAGCAACUUAUGGUGAUCACGGAAACGGUGAUUAUUCCUAACUUCUACAUGCUGACAAAGAGCUAUGAUGGUACGAAGAAGCUCAUUUAUUCGGAAUUGAUGAUCAAACAAGUCCUGGAGAAAUUAAAGACUUCCGGCAGAUUCUAUGCGAACUUGGACUUGCUUACAAAGAUCCAAAACCAGAUUACACGGUUUUUGAGCUAUGUGAAGGAGCAGAAUUCGAAAAUACUUAAGAUGCAGCAGCAGCAGCAAACACUACAACCACAACAACAACCACAGCAACAACCACAGCAACAGCAACAGCAACAGCAACAGAAACAACAAGCUCCACAAGUACUAUCACAACGGCAGCCUGUUCAGCCGGGCCAUAUACCUCAGCAACAACCAGGUCACCCAGUGGUACAACAGGCAGCUCUUCCUAUGGCGUCUCGAAUGGGAAAUCGGGGGCUUCAGCAGCCUCAAAGAUUACCUAUCCAAGCGCAAGGGCAAGGACAAGCGCGGGCACAAGCCCAGAUGAGCGUUCAGAGACCUUUGGGAGAAGCUCAAGCUGGUUUCCAGAGGAUGAACCCAGCUGCAGUUUCACAGCAGUUCCAAAAGCUUGCAGAGCAAAGACAGCAACCACAGCAGAGGAUGGUACAGAGUAUAGUUCCACCCUCAACAGGCACUCUACCAGGAACUAUACAACCUCAGUUUUCCAUUAACGGUGGCUCUUCACCAUUAAAUGUUCCAACACCUCCUGUGAUGACUCCCUCGCUGGGUAUUUCCAUGACCACGCCUGUUACACCUGCUACCACGACGCCAAGACGAGGAGGACGCCGUAAGCAGUCACGUUCCAAUCCCAGGGGUCGUGGAAUGGUUUCUCCAGGCCAGUCUGUGGCACCUCUGAAGACACCCACUGCUUCCAAUAUGUCUCCAAUACUCUCUUCCGAAGCUCAGGCUCUUUUGAAGGAAAAUUCUGAGCAUAUAGCUACGGAAACUGCUUCUAUUGCUCGUGCUGACAAGUCGAGGAUGGCCAGAAGAAAGCUCGCCGUGGCAGAUCCUGCCAAAUACUUUCUUGCUACGCUUGCAGAUACCCUCAACCUAUUCGAGGAGGAACAGAAAGUCAUUCAGAGCGUCAGAGGAGUGUCAUCUACAACCAAUGAAAAGGCAACCACUACCCGUGCCAGCAAUACCAUGAAUGGUGGUAAUCCCACUGGUAAGGUUCUUACUCCCUCGGCGGUCCUUGCCACACCUCUUCCAUUCAACGUCAAAACACCAAUAUCCAACAAAAUGUACGUUACAGAAACCAGUAAUGGUACGCCGACGAAUGACAAGAAUAGUAGAUGGACUGGUAAAGUGAGGUCGACAUGCAUUGCAGAGUCUUUUGAUGGAUUAAUCCCUUCAAUUCCACGUGAAACUUAUAGAAAGAGGUUAGCAGGAGCUGAGUUGGCAAAUCUAAUCUACCCUACACCACCAGACGAUGCUCCCAAUAAGAGGAGAAAGGCCACAAAAACCGACAAGACAGAACCGAUGACUACUACGGCAUCCAUAUCUGACUCUCUAGAUCAAUUUUGGGACUUUGAUCAGGUAUAA